AUGGAUGAAUUACCGAAGAAAAAGAGCGGUUCACCGUUUUUGAGACAGUGCUUCGUGACAGCGGCAGUAUGCACCAAUAUCAUCGCUCAUGGUUGUGUCAUCGGGUUUUCCGCCAUCUUGAUCCCAAGUCUCCGCCUGCCCGAGUCUCAUAUCCACGCCACAACUAGUCAGGAAUCAUGGAUAGCAUCCAUCAUUGGAUUCGCGCUGAUCAACGGCAAUUUUGUCAUCACUCCUCUCAUGGACACGGUGGGAAGAAAAAAGUCACAUCUACUGACGAUCCCGCCUGUCUUAGUGGGCUGGUUCCUCACUCUCCUGGUAAAUGAUGUCGCAGGUCUCAUCGCAGCACGGUACCUCCAAGGUGUGGCCAUGGGCAUGUUGGGGCCUCUCGGCUCCAUUAUUAUCGGGGAAAUGACAGACCCUAGAAACAGAGGUGCUUUCCUCACAGGCGUAUCAUUAUCCCUGACAAUUGGAGUGCUAUUCUGCCACUCGUUAGGUGUAUACUUCAGUUGGCAACAAAGCGCACUGACCUGCUCCUUUAUAACUUUUAUAAGUUGCCUUCUCAUUAUAUAUACUCCUGAGUCUCCAUCGUGGCUGAUCUCUAAAGGAAGAAUUGAAGAAGCUAGAGAAGUUUUCAUCUGGCUGCGUGGUGAUGACGACCAGCAAAUGGAUGAGUUGGAGAAAAUGAUAGCAGCACAAGCAACAGCACGGAAAGCCAGUGUUAUGGAUCAGGGUUUGCCUAUUCGUAAAAAAAUAAGUUAUUUCUUCAGAUAUGUUAGAAAUACUCUUAAGAAGCCAGAGUUUUACAAGCCUAUUAUUAUAAUGGUGGUUUUAUAUAUGAUGUUCCAAUUCGCUGGUAUUAAUAUUAUAAGCUCGUACGCUACUGACAUUAUUAGGCAAGUGGUUGGUCCUGACGCAAACGCCAACUUAAUCAUGGUCGCUUUGGAUAUUGAACGCCUUAUCUGCAAUAUUUUGGCGGUGUUCUUGAUGAAAACGAUGAAGAGAAGAACCUUGCUCUUCUUUACUGGAGGAAUAUGCGUCCUUUCUUACAUCGGUAAGGGAGGUUAUGUAUAUGCUAAGCAGAACAACCUCCUAUCAUACGAUGGUCAAUGGAUCCCAUUAUUGUUAAUAGGUAUCUACAUGUUCUCCCUAACCGUGGGGAUAUCUUCGAUACCAUUCGCUCUUUCUGGUGAAAUAUUCCCUCUGGAGUACCGCGGUUUGGGCAGUGGCAUCAGUGUUUUAAGUUUAUCAUUAAAUUUCUUCAUAGCUUUGAAGUGUUUCCCCGUGCUUACCAGCAGCAUAGGUUUACCAUUCACAUAUUUCUUGUAUGCUGGUGUGGUGACUCUAUGUUUAGCUACAGUCUGGUUUAUGUUACCAGAGACAAAAGAUAGAACUCUUCAGGAAAUAGAAGAUGAAUUUAGAGGCUUGUCUCCAAAUGAUAGGAAGAGCGUAGAACCCUUGAAUGGCAGAACUGAAAUGCUGCGAAGAGUUAGUUCUCAUAUUAUGUAUUAG